AUGUGACACCUUCUCAGCCCAGGAGUCAUUCAAUAAGGCGACAACGUGCUCUGUGUGUUGACAGAGGGUGGUGCAUGAGGGACGGAGAAGAGUAGAGAAGACACAGUUACUGCAGAGAUUGUUCGGUCGGUGGAGGUCUAUCUCCUGCAACCAUUGGACAUCUCUUGGAGUAACACAGAGGUGUUGCAUUUUUGCAGAAGGUGACAAGUUACAAUCAAAGCCAGAAAACAGGGAAAGAGACCCGUGGGGAACGCAGCUCCACAAGAUGUUCUUUAACACAAUGCUGGUGGUCCUGACGGACCUGGCGGCUCGGCUUCUGGGUAACACUGCCUUCCGGAAGCACUUCCACCUGUUUCUGUCAGCGGUGGUGAUGAUCGGCCCGGCGCUGAGCCUCUGGGUCUCCCAACACAGCAUCUUUGCCAAGAGAAGCCACUUCCUGUACAGGGUGUUCCUGCGCUCCGGUUGGGGCUGGACCUGCAUCUUUGUUGGCUCAUUCGUCUUCCUCCUCUCCUUCUCUGUCCGCCGCUCCCUCUCUGUCUCCGUCCGUCACCUCUCGCGGCUGGCGGUGGCUGGCGGGUUGUGGUUUGGAUUCUGUUACCUGCUGGACCUACUGGAGAACACCACCGGAAGCUGCUAUGAGCCUUUAACCGCCGGCUCUGAGGCCGCCAACGGGCAGCCUCUGUUGGUGCUGCGAGAAGGGGAGAGUAAGUCUGGGUGCCUCAGAGCUGGGAUGCUGUGGAGGGGUUAUGAAGUUUCAGAAGACAUCUUCCUUCUCUGCCUCUGCUGCCUGCUGCUGGCUGAGGAGAUAGCCGUGUUUGGCCCUUAUCUGAGCCUGGGGGGGAGCUCGGGUGCCCCUCUGAGGAUCCUCUUCCUGUUCUGUGUCCUGCUGCUCUGGCUCUGGCUCUUUCUGCUUCUCUGUCUCUUAGCGUACUUCCCUCAGUUCCCCACUCAGCUAAUAGGAGGCGCUCUGGGGUGUCUGAGCUGGAGGGGACUCUACCAAGGCUGGUACCGCCAAGGGCCCAGCUGGUGCUGCCCCGGGAGGCCUGGACUGGGACUGCUCAACACCAAGACCAGCAGCAGUGAAGCGCACGAGGCCCAACGGAACCAUGAUCACUGCAAUUAAGUGAAACUUAACGAUGUCACAGAUGUAUAAAGCAAUGAGCUGUAUGUAGUUGUUUCAGAAAAGUCUCUUCAUACCUCUAUGUGUAUCAACCCUCUUCCUGAUGUUCGUGAGUGCAGCACAUACAUCAAAAAGCUCUGCAUGAGCCAGUGGGCCAGGGCACAGAGCCCACCCCCCAGACUCCAGCUGUUUAGCCUCUUUUUGUUGUCCUUUUGUGUCUCUGUAUUGGUUUGGGCUCCUUUUGUUGUUUUUUGCCUCUUUGUAGUCAUCUCGAGUUGGUUGGUUUGCCCCUUUCUAAAAUACUUGUGUACCCUUUGCGGUCUCUUUUUAGUUACUUGAUGUUUCAAUGUUGUGGUUUGGUCUCUUCCUGGUUGGCAAAUGAACCUUUGAGCAUCAUUUGGUAGGUGAAUGACAAAGGGGCCUGAGGGCCGGGCACAAAGGUACAUUAAGUAAAAACAUUAUUUUCAUUCUGCAGAAGAGACGGUUAUCAUACAAGCUGGAAAGACUUAAUAAACCUACUUCACUAAAACAACCCCUUGAUUAUAAUGCUUGAUAGUCAUUCUAAUUAAAACUGAUGAACCACU